CAUUUUCGCCACGGAGUAUUUCCCCGAUCGUAUAUGUUGUGAAUGUUGCUGUAAUUAUACAAAGGAUUUUCGUUCUUUUUGACCUCAGUCUAACCUAUUCAGUCCUAUAUAUUCCCAACUAGACGUUCUUCGAAAGGAUUUAAAUUCGGGGUCGGAUAUGUCCCUCGAAGAUCCGUUUUUCGUGGUAAAAGAUGAAGUCCAAAAGGCUGUAAGUAACGCCAAGAGUCUUUACCAGAGAUGGUGUGAGCUGCUGGAAGACCCUAAUGCUGUAAGUAAGGAAGAAUAUGAUUGGACAACAAAUGAAUUAAGAAACAGUUUACGGAGUAUAGAAUGGGAUCUAGAAGACUUAGAAGAAACUAUUGGUAUCGUUGAGACAAAUCCACGGAAGUUUAAAAUUGACUCAUCAGAAAUUCAUGAAAGGAAGCAGUUUGUUGUACACACCAAAGAUAUGGUGAAAGACAUGAAAGAACACAUGGCUAGUCCAAGUACAAAAACGAGAGAAGACAGAAAAACUAGAACGACGCUUCUUCCAAAUGGACCAAAAAAAGGACAAGAUAAAUACACUAGACUAGACAAUGAAAUGGACCGGUCAAAUCAAAGGUUUAUUGAUGAUACAAGACAACAACAGCAGCUGGUCAUGGAACACCAAGAUGACCAAUUGGAAAGAGUAGGAGACAGUGUUACGGUGUUAAAAAGUAUGGGACAAACGAUUGGAAAUGAGCUUGAUGAACAGGCUGUAAUGUUGGAUGAUUUUGCAACAGAGAUGGAGCGAACCGACUCAAAACUCGACGGCGUUAUGAAGAAAAUGGCAAAAGUUACGCGGAUGUCAAAUGAUCGAAGACAAUGGACAGCGAUUGUGGUACUCAUAGUUAUUAUGAUAAUUGUCAUUGUUUUAUUCUUUUUACUUUAAGCAGUCAUAUUUAUUAUUAAAAUCAUAAUCAAAAUGUGAGUUUUUUGAGAGGCUUUUUAAAAAAAAAAAAAAAAAAAUAUUCACCACAGAGGGCGCCAUUCAAAUUAUGCCUCCUGAUUGUAAUUGAGGAUUCAUUCAUUCUAUAAAAUCCUAUCUAUAAUUCGCUGCCUCGGCUGUGCAUGUUAAUUGAUUAAGAAUAUGUUAGCCUAUCAGUGAGAGCCUCUCAAAAUGCUACUGAUCUCACGUUUGUGAUAUCAUUGUAAGUAGAAGUAACAGUAAUUUACAUUGGUGCAUUCAAGGGGCAUAAUUUUUUCAAAGGUCAUUUUUGACAAAGAUUACAAAAUAUUGAAAGAUUGACACAAAACACAGCCACAAAAUAUGGAAACCUGCCAAAAACCCAAUUGCAUUCUGGUCCUUACUAACAUUUUCAGUGUAUUACAAUUUUGAUGACAAUGAUGGAAAUUUAGCUGAAGAUUAGGUACCAUAUUUGCUCUAUUAGCAUGCAUAUAAAUUACAGAGAUUUUCAAUGGUCAAAUAAUGUUUUAUUGAUUUAGUAUUCGGCCAGUGCAAUUUUUGGUUCAUAUGGCCUUCUAUUGGAGAUGAGCUUUUGAUAAAACAAAACAGUAUUUGCUCUAUUAGUAGUGCUUAAAAAAUUGCCAGAUGAGGUGGGUGUUCAUGGUCAAAUUUAGUCAUGUUUUAAUGACUUGUGUGCAUCUGUUAGAGAUGUGCUUGUAAUAGAGCAAAUAUGGUACUGUAAAUAUAAGAUGUUUUAUUUGUAACGUCAUUUAUGACAUUGACAGUUCUGAUUUUGUUUUUACUGGCAGUAAUUGAUUCAGUAUACAGCGUAGGUUACUUUUAGUGUGCUCCUGUAUAAAGUUUGUUGCCUUUUUUGAAAAAAAAAAUGUCUGGCUCCUAAACCAUGGCAAAUGUUUGUUUAUCGCCGAAGUGAAAUUUAUAACAGCUGACUUUAAAACAACUGCCAGGAAAUUGAUUUGUCUGUUAUUUUGGCCAAACUUAGUUGUCAUGGCUGCCACAUCUACAAAGGUAUUUUGCAUGACCCUUAAAAGUUACUCAUCCUAGUACAACGCCAUUUGUGUGCUGUGAUCGUAAAGAGACACUAAUUUAUGCGAGUCUGGAAAAAUUUCAGAUUUGGUAGCAACUAGUUUCCUGAUAUCAUUAUUUUUCUAACAUUUGAAUUUUCUAGCAUUAAAAAUUGUAAUUUAGUUAGCUUCAUUUUAGAGUAGUAUUGUAUAAGACGAUUAUAAAAAGAGGCUGUACAUUUUCAGUUUGAUCAUAGUUCUCUCACAAACAGUUUACUUUGAUGCGACAAACUUUAGCUUAAAGUUCAGUGUGAAUUUGGUGUACCUAAAAAACACCAAAUGAAAUGUUUUUGGCCGACAUGACGUAAUUUCUGUAAGGUGGUAAUUAUAAACCUGUAUGGCUGCAAUCAUAGAAUACAGAGUAAUGUACAUAAAGAAAGGUACCAUAUUUUGUUCUAUUCGAAGCUCAUUUGUGUCUAUGGUUAAAAUAAAUCGUAUGCACUCAUAGAUCUUUCUUAUAACUUUAUUGGGGGGGUCUGUGAGCUAUUAUCUGACAUACUUGGUGUGAAUAUACAUGAAUUGCAGAAUAUAUCAGAUGAUUCAACAAAUCAUGGAGUCACUGUUUGUGAAUUCCCAUGCUUUGGAAUACUCAUGGAAUUCCAACGCAAUCAAAUGUGAAGUUAACACGAUUACCAACAUGUGGACAUGUAUCACUGAAAUUUAAAUGUUCAGUAGAUAUUUCCGGCACUUCAUUCAAACUGAUACCAACGAACUCCAAUAAAACUUUUGAAAUGAUCUUAAGUGAUUCUGUUGAAGAAGACUGAGUAAUCUAUUAGCAAAUGUGGUACCUGAAUACCUGUUGCUGGCCUUGUUGCUGGCCUAUCUAAUUUCUGUUACUUUGGAUGAUCUGUCUCUUCAGUGCCUUGAUGCAUCAUGCUUCACCACCGAAACAAUUUGACGCUCAUUGUCAUUCUGCCGACACGUACAGUUGGCAUUUAUUUAAGUAGUAAACAGUGCUAGCAAAUAGUAAACAUUUUGGUUGUAUUUACGAUUAAAGUCAACAUUUUAUUAUAGUCGUUCAUUUCUUGUAUUUAUAUUAUGAAGGAACAGUUCAGUGAAAUAUUAAAGUGGAUAUAUUGUAACAAUUUU